AUGACGGUUGAUUGUCUGGUUGUAAUCGGCUACUGUGUAAUUGGCUAUGUUGGCGUCAGGAUUGCCUCACACAUUUGGCCAAUUGUCUAUCCAUAUAUCUUAGCGCCAAAGAAAGAUUUGAGAAAAUUGGCCGGUGCUAAGUGGGCUGGUAAGAAAUUUCAUGAUUUUCUAUAACAAACAAUACUGUUUAUUAUUUGUUAUAGAAACAUUUUUCUAUAAUAAACAAUACUGUUUAUUGACGUGAGUUUUUUAGUCAUCACUGGUGCCACUGACGGGAUUGGCAAGCAGUUUGCUUUUGAGCUGGCCAACAGAGGCUUUGAUCAGAUUUUGGUCUCAAGAACCCUGUCCAAGCUGGAAAAAACUGCCGAAGAAAUCACUGAAAGAUAUCAAAAUACCCAAGUAAAGACUGUUGUGUUUGAUUUCACUGAAAGCGAUCCAAAAGCCUACGAAGAACAACUGAUUUCCAAACUUGAAGGGCAUGAAAUUGGAGUUUUUAGUAAGUCUUUGACUAGUUUAUAGUUAAGAAAAAUUGUGCAGAAAACGAAAGAUUCUUUCUUGACGUGCGGUUUGUUGGGAAGUACAUUUUGUGUUUUGAACUGAACGGGAAGCAAUUAGCAGAUUGAUGAUUUCGUUUUUUUAUGUUUACGACGCCAGCAAAAUUACAACAUCUUGAUAAAAAGUGCAAGUGGAGAGAUGUUCAUCAUGUGACAUUCAUGCAUAGAAAGCGCGGUUAAAAAUUUUGAGCCGUUAAAGACCGACCUCUAUAGAUCAUGCAAGCCAAACUUGAAAAAAAAUAUAUCGCAGACUUCGAGUUCCUUUGUAAAUUUCAAAAAUUGAUGAAAACUUUGCAGUAAACAAUGUUGGGCAAGUAUUUGAAUAUCCGGAUCGACUCGCUGACCUCCCGGGUGGUCUCAAAGUCACCGCCGACCUUAUCAAUGUCAACGCUUUAUCCGCGACAGUUCUUUCUGCAUUUAUUUUGAAGCAAAUGAAGUCCCGAGGGAAUGGAGUACUUGUAAAUGUCGCCUCCUCCGCCGGGAUUGCCACUUUGGCCUACUGGAAUGUGUAUUCGUCGGUGAAGAAGUAUGUGAUUUGGUUGACGGAAACGCUGCGAAAGGAAUACAAGGGCUGUGGGAUUACAAUACAAACCCUGACACCAUUUAUGGUCGAUACGAAAAUGGCGUCCAACUUUCGAGAUGCGAGAAUGCCCAAGGUUUUCUUGCCGGAUGUGAGUUUGUUGUCUUAGUUUUGUAGUUGGAAUUCUUACAGAUGUAGUAGGAGUACAAUUUUUUCCAAAAUGUCUCAAAGAACACUUCCGUAUACAGUGGCGGACCCAGUAACAAAAAACGUACCAUUUUUGCACGCGGAAAGUUUCAAAAAAUGUGGCAAAAUACUUCCCUCUCCAAGUGAAAAAAACUCCGAUUUCAAAAUUUCCUUCAAAAGGGACUUUUUCGAUUUGAGAGGGAUGCAUUUUGCUAAAUUUUUGAUACUUCCCGAAUGCAAAAUGAUACUUCUUUGCCAUUGUAUCAGGUCGGGUGCUUAAGGUAUUAAUUUUUUACAAGAAAUCUUAAAAGUCUGCAUCCAAAAAUUGCUCUAGGGCUUUUUAUUAAAUGCGUUUUUUAACAGAAAUACUUGACAAUUGCAAGAAAUCGGUAUCUAUUUACCCAGAACAGAUUCGUCGCCAAAUGUGCUGUUACAUUUGUAAACGUACUCCUCCUGCAAAUAUGAACUUUUCUAAUUACAAUUGCACUAUAAAACCCUUCAAUAUAGUAGUCAAUUGAAACGUAAAAUAACCACUUGUUUUCUGUAGGCCGAAACGUUUGCCAAAAGUGCGAUAAAUACGAUUGGAAUUGUCGACGAGACCACCGGCUACAUUGGACAUCAACUGCAAAAAGAGAUUAUAUCUGGUCUGUUGCCGGGUUGGUUCGUCGACUACACUUCCGAAAUGUUUGCGAAAGAAAUCAGAGGCAAACUGAUGAAGAAGGAUCGCUGA